AUGGCUAAUCCGGGAGUUCAACCAAACUAUAUUGCCAUUGGUGCUAAUGCAAACUGCACCUUGAGUGUUUGCCCCGUCGAGGAGAGCAUACUUGCCUACAGGCCAUGGCUCACCGCCAACAUCUUCUUUGCUGCCUACUUCGGAACUAUAGCUCUGGUGCAUAUUUAUCUUGGCUGGCGGUGGAAGAGCUGGGGCUUCAUGGUUGGCAUGCUGCUGGGCUGUGCAAGUGAGAUUAUCGGCUAUAUUGGUCGCGUUUUGUUAUGGAAUAACCCCUUCUCUUUUCCAGGAUUCAUGAUAAACAUUGUCCAAUUGUUUGCUGCAGUCUGCCUAACCACCGCCCCAGUCUUCUUCACGGGCUCUAUAUACGUUACACUAUCCAAGACAAUCAACUUCUUCGGGCCGGAACUAUCGCGAGUCAACCCAAAGCUCUUUUUUUACAUCUUCAUUCCUCUUGAUAUCAUCUGUCUUGCGUUGCAAGCCGCAGGAGGCGCCCUGUCAACCAUAUUGAAGGGCAACAUUGGCGUUAACGUUUCAAUGGCCGGCCUCGUGCUACAGGUCAUUGUGUUGGUCAUCUUCAGUGUUGCGUUUGCCGACUACAUGAUCCGGUAUAUUCGCUCUGGAAGGCGGCAGUUUCAAGGACAAGCGGUUUCCAAUUGGCGCUUCGGUGCAUUUUUUGGCGGCUUGACGGCCGCGAUAGUGUUGAUACUGGCUCGGUGUGCGUAUCGCGUGGCAGAGCUCCAAGAAGGCUACGACAGUGCGCUAUUCCAUGACCAAGUGCCAUUUAUCGUGCUUGAAGGCGUACUCAUUGCACUAGCUGUUGUGGCACUUUGCUUCGGCCACCCAGGGCUGAUGUUCAGCCAGACGGUACCAGAGCGAAAAUACGCUGCAACCAGCAUGGUGAGCAUAGUCAACGGUAACGACAAUACCAAGCUUGGCAUGGCUCUCAAGUGA